AUGGGCAACGACGAAAUUUUAAAAGUGAGCGUACGAGUUCCGCCCUUCUGGCCUGAGGAGCCUGCUUUGUGGUUCGCGCAGGUUGAAUCACAGUUUGUCCUGUCGGGAAUAACUAAGGACGAGACCAAGUUUUACUACUUGGUUGCGCAGUUAGACCACCAAUAUGCCAUCGAGGUGAAGGACAUCAUCACCAACCCGCCUCCUACGGAAAAAUACGAAAAGCUGAAGUCUGAACUAAUUAAACGACUUUCAGCUUCUCAGGAAAAGCGGAUUAAGCAGCUGCUGAUGCACGAAGAGCUAGGCGAUAGGAAGCCGUCUCAGUUCCUACGUCACCGGGUUUGCAGGCUGCCACAGAAUAUCCAGACGGUCAUCGCCUCUCAAAUGGACCUCGAUAAGGACAAACUGGGUGAGUUAGCUGACAAAGUAUACGAGAUCGCACCGUCAACUCCGCAAGUCGCCAGUACUUCCUCUGCUGCAGUACCCUACGGAGAUAUGGCACACCAGAUCGCAGAGUUGACCAGGCAAGUGGCUAUGCUGACCAGCAGACUUGAAGAUUCCGACAAUAGAUCACGUUCGAGAUAUCAGAACAAUCGUUACAAUCGCUCACGCAGCCGCUCCAGAUCAAAGCAACCACCACCUGACCAUCCACACUGCUUCUACCACUUCACAUACGGUACUAAGGCGAAGAAAUGUAAGCAGCCUUGCAGCUUCCCCUCGGAAAACUCCAAGGGCGGUCGGAAGUAG